AUGACUUUCCCUUCUUUUCUUCUUCCUUUCGCUCUUUUUUUACAUCUCCCAUUAUUUUUCUCUUCUUUCUGUUUGUUUUUAUUCGUUGUUCCUUUUUUCUUCUCUAAUCCCUUUCUUUCUUUUUUUCCUUUAUAUCUUUUUUUCUUCAACCCAUUAGCUUCCUUUAAUUUUUAUGUUAUUUACACUUUUAUCGUUCUCUGGCUGCUUUUCUUUCUUUACUACUCCCUUUUCUUCCUUUAUCUUUCUUUACCACUCCCUUUUCUUCCUUUGUCUCUCUUUACCACUCCAUUUUUCUUCCUCUUUCCUUUCCCUUUUCUUCCCUUUACCUCUCUUUUCUUUCUUUAUCUUUCUUUACCCUCCUUUUCUUCCUUUAUCUUUCUUUACCACUCCCCUUUUCGUCCUUUUUCUUUUCUUUAUCUUUUUCUUUAUCUUUCUUUACCACUCCUUUUCUUCCUUUUUUCUUCCCAUUUUUGUCUCUCUUUACCCUUUUCUUCCUUUAUUUUCGUCCUCUUUUCUUUCUUUACCCCUUUUCUUUUCGUCCUUUUCGUCCUUUGUCUUUCUUUACCACUCUCUUUUCGUCCUUUAUCUUUCUUUACCACUCCCUUUUCUUCCUUUGUCUCUCUUUACCACUCCCUUUUCUUCCUUUAUCUUUCUUUACCACUGUCUUUUCUUCCUUUAUCUUUCUCCUUAAUUAUUUUUCUCUAUAUAUUCUUUUCUGUCUGGCUGGCCUAUAUUUUCUUUAUGUCUUUCUUUCAUAUAUCACUCACAUUUUUCUUUCUCUUUUUCACUCUCCUGAAGUCGUUCUCCCUUUCUUUCUUCUACACUCAUUCAUUUCAACCCCCCUCUUCUCGGGUAUUUUCUCCUUUUACUACUUCUUCUUUACGUUUGAUGGAUUAUCCAGACUCUUUAUCGGCCAUUCCCUUUGAUGUUGCAUUAGGCAAGGGGAUGCAACUCUGUCAGUCCUCGUCCAACACAAUAUCUCCACUUCGAUUAAGCCGCGCUCAGCGAGGACGAACCGAAAGAGGCAGAGCAAUGACUCCAUCUCCAGCCCACCCACCACAUUUUUCUUCCAAAGACGAAAGCAUUUUGCCUUUUUAUACUUUUUCCCGAGAUUCUCUUUUCUCUUUCCUUCCCAAACCCGAAUCCGACAUACAACAAAGAUCUGUUCUAACGCAUCUACACAAAUCCCAUUAUCCUUUAAGAAGAAUGCUUUCCUACAUUUUCAAAUCUUUCUUUCUCUCUCUCUCUCCCUAUCUAUCUAUCUAUCUAUCUAUCUAUCUAUCUAUCUAUCUGUGA